CUUUAGGCCCAGCAUUCCUCAGUCAUGGCCGCUCCGCCUGAGCCUUGGGAUUCCUGUACCAAGCUUUGGUGGAUGUUGCUGGAGGCUGAGAAAGACUUGUCAACGGCCAUCCAGAAGUGCGAGGACAUCCGCAGGGAGCGCGAGCGCGGUCGACACGUGCGCGCCAAGCGUACAGAAGCCGCCGAGGACGACCUGCAUACGGCCAGUCUGCACUUUCUCCACCUCCAGCGUCAGCUGGGCCUCGACGCCAGCGCCCCGGACGUCAGCGCCGCCAAGGCCGCGCUGCGGCGACGCAGCGCGCAGGCGGCGCGCAACAUGCGCGGCGUAGGUCUGCAACUGGGCUUUCCAAAUGAGCUUUGGCACAAGGUAGUGCAUGCUGCCUUGCCCUGCCCUGAAGGCCUAGCCCCAGUUCUGAAAAUCAGCCCGCAGUGAGCCGCACUGCCCAAUCCAGUUGUAUAGUUUUGCAUGCGAAAAGGCCUGUGAUAGGCCCAAAAAAAGCCCGGUGGUCUGGGAAACCGAGAGGAUGAAAUGAGGUUCCGCCG